ACUCUCAAACAUACCUAUAUAAAUCCACCCCCCCCAGGAGGCAACAAGGAUGUCUCCUGGCUUGCUUAGAGGGGUGACUCUUGCUUAACAACUUUCUCAUAUUAGAGUCUCCAUGGGUUGUCAAGAAGAACUCCUGAUUGAAAAAGUCUGUGAGAUCUAUGGAAACAUUUCAGUGUUAGCAAACCUUAGUCCCUCCAAGCAUGUCAACUCCCUCUUCACCCAGCUUGUACACAUAUGCAUGCCCCAGUGUCAAAUAGACAUUACCAAGUUGAGUGAAAGAAUUCAAGAAAUUAGGUCUAAGCUAAUUAAGCUUUGUGGGCAAGCCGAGGGACUCUUAGAGAGCCAUUUCUCUACUAUCAUAGGAUCCCAUGAGAACCCACUUCACCAUAUCAGACUCUUCCCUUACUAUUCCAAUUACCUCAAACUUAGCCAAUUAGAAUUUUCCAUGCUUGGCAAACAUUGCACUAAAGUUCCUAAUAGCGUUGCCUUUGUGGGUUCUGGUCCUCUCCCUCUUACCACAAUCAUCUUAGCCACUAAUCAUUUUAGUACUACCUGCUUCCAUAACUAUGACAUUGACCCAUCAGCAAAUUCCCAAGCCCUCCAGUUGGUUUCAUCAGAUCCCAACUUAUCCGAACGGAUGUUCUUCCACACUGCUAAUAUAAUGAGUGUGUCGAGCAGCUUAACAGAAUAUGAAGUUGUGAUCCUGGCAGCUCUAGUGGGCAUGGACAAGAAAGAGAAGGUUCAGGUCAUAAAGCAUCUGGCUGAGCACAUGGCUCCAGGAGCUAUUUUAUUGCUCAGAAGUGCACAUGGUGCUCGAGCUUUCCUAUACCCUGUCAUUGAUCCACAAGAUCUUGAAGGCUUUGAAGUUCUUUCAGUCUUUCAUCCUACCGAUGAGGUCAUAAAUUCAGUUAUUAUAGCUCGCAAGUUCUUAAGGGCAGUCCAUUCACUGAAUACAGGGAUUGGUUCUGCAUUACUUCCCAGCAAAUGUUCUGAUAUUCAAGGCUUCAAGCCCAUAACACACACCAACCUGAUUGAAGAAUUGACUGUCGAUGAGCAACAGUCCGAAUUUUUCCUUUUUGCUGCCUAGAGUCCCCCGUUUAUUACUUCCUGAUACAAGUUCCCUCUUCUAUGUGAUGAUUAAGACGACAGUGCUGUUUAUCAAUCUACUAUCUUGAUAUUUUACUUUUGUAAGGUUCAAUAAAUGUUUGCAAAAUAAAGGCUUUGAUCUUCUUCUAA